AUGAAGUUCAACGACAUCGUUCUUGUAGCCCUUGCGGCUUCCACAGAAGCAUCCCCUCUUGUCAGCGUUAGCAAGCGGGAGGAAGUCUGGGACAACAAGGACACGUUGUGUAAAAGAAGUACCAAGACCCCGGAGGAAGCCGCAGCUGUGUGGGAAGACACAGCGGCAGGCGUACAGCUGGAGCUUUUCAUCAAGGGGCACUGGGAACACCAGAACUCUUGGCUCAAGAACAUGGAGAGCACUAUCCAGGAUGGAAGCAUCUCAGGACAAUCCCCAGCCAAUGGUUGUGGAGCUCUCUCGGGCACUUGCGCACCGCUGAACGACAUGUCUUGCGAUGAGCAGUUUGACAAGUUUGGAGCUGCGCCUCUUGGCAAGAUUUCGUACUGGAUUUUCAAGGCUGCCCAAGGAGCACGCAACAAGCUCCUGGGAAUGAAAGACCAACUGACAGAGCAGACAAUCAUUAGCAAUGGACAGAUUGAUCAAAUGGCUGUGGACUUUGGAGGUGAUAGCGAUGGCGGAGCACAUGCUCUUACCUGGCUUGCGGCGGCUUCGACCAUGGCCAAUGGUUUGGGUGGUCUUAUCCCUGGAGCCGGUCCUGGUAUUGCGGCUGGCUUUGGAUUCCUCGGUGGUCUCUUCUCCGGCCUGGCAUCUGAAGCCGAAGGUAACGAGGUUGAUGCAGCCGACAUUAAAUCCGGUCUCGCUAAAGCCUACGAGAAAGCCCAGGGCAAGAUUGACACUGUACUCUCCCUUGCCAUGGGUGGUGGGUCCAACCCCGAAGACUACAAUGUCCUUCCCGCACCUGAAUGGGACACCUAUGAGACCAAGGUUGCAAAGUUCUUCAACGGAGGAUGGUGGCUUACCGAUGAUGACGCCACGGCUGUCAACCUGGUCCUUCGAUCUGUUGGUAACAACCUGGCUAUGAAAGUUGCAAACUCAAUCAUGAAGUCAGCCGGAAUCCGUCUUGUUGCCGAACAAAAUGACAAGUUCAAGACAGCGGAGGAUUGCGGUUAUGCACCGGGCCGCCAGUGGAUGGAGCUCAAGGAUGGUCAAUUCUACUGCUUCUACCUCAUGCGAGGCGGUAAUGAUCCUGAGGAUGUCGACGAUGUCAUCUACGAGAAGAUGGCUGAGCAUGGACUUGGUAACCGAGAGGCCUACUACCGUUCCGUUAUCGACUGUGCUCUCAACGGCGGAGGAGAGGUAAAUGCAGGCGAGAAUGUCUUUGGCGAGAUCCCACGAUGCUUCUUUGAUCUUCCCGCCAAAUUCGUCAAGAGACAUCAAAACUCAUGUGGAUUGCUGCCCUGUUACUCCAACAAGGAAAGUGACCUUGAGUAA